CAUCAUCACUACCCUCAGGAGAACGGAAAUUUGAGAAGAAAUGUGUCUAAAAGUGUUUUGGGUUUUCGCUUUCAUUGGCGCAACCUGCUGCGGAACGCGGGUUGCAGGCUACGAUACCAAGUACGAUAGCAUCGAUUUGGAUGAGGUUUUUAAAAGUACUCGGCUGUUGAAUAACUAUUUGAACUGUUUGAAAAAUCUCGGACCUUGCACACCGGAUGCGGUCGAGUUGAAAGAUAAACUACCGGACGCACUGGAAAGUGACUGUGAGCAUUGUUCCGAAAAGCAGAAGACUGGAGCCGAUAAGGUUAUCCAUUUUAUCAUUGAAAACCGUCCGGAAGACUUUCGGGUACUGGAGUCGCUGUACGAUCCAACGGGAGAGUAUCGACGCAAGUAUUUGGACGAAAGGCAGCAAUUUCGGCAACCUCCGGAGGGUUCGUCUGGCGAAACGGAUGAGGAAGAAAGCACAAACGAGGCGGGUUCAGGUGCCGAGGAGACGGAGGGUCAAGAGCAAAGCGAAGAGGCCUCCGAAAGCAAUUAAGUAAGACGGGUGUGAAAUAAAACAAUCGUUGUGAAUCGGAUAUGGAUGAAAA